GAGAGACCGGCUGUCAAUGUCUUACUCAAGAGUAUCAUCAGAGAAACGAGUUCUCCUAGAUAGCUGAGAGGCAAGGAAUGCGAGUCCAGGUGCUCCUCGCCAAGCUCGUGGUUCCUGGUGCGGGACUCGCAUCCGGAAGACGCCGUAUUUUAUCGAAACGCGGAUUUCCUCUCCACCGGAUGCUCACUUCCUGAAACUCUGCUGCGACAACUAAGAGUAAUGCCGUCCGUAAACGAGCCGGCGGCUUUCGGGCUGCUCGACGGUGAAGCGAGAGAAGACGAGAUGUAUUCAAACACCCAGCGGAAACCUCAUAUUAAUUCGAAACGAAUUAUGAUGAAGAUCCUGCUAGGUGUCCUCCUCGCUUUCGUAGGACUCGUCAUGGUUUUGGCGAUUCGUACGAUGACGUUGAAAGCAAAUGUCGAAGAUCUCCAAGGCGAAGGCUUGAAGACAAAUUUCGAGGUUUCCAUAGCGGAAGGUCUCUCCGACGUGAUCCGAUUCGCCACGAUCUCCUAUGAUCGGUAUUCACCGUGGAGAAUAAAUCAUACCGCUUUCAGGGGUCUCAAUGAGUAUCUCUUCAAAAGGUUUCCCUUAGUUUUCACCGAUCCCCCGUCGUGGAUCACUCACAAAACGAUCGCGAACUACAGCAUUCUCAUUCAUGUCCGCGGUCGGAACGCCGAAUUGAAACCCUACAUGCUCUGUGCCCACCUUGACGUGGUUCCUGUAGACGAAAAACUCUGGACGCACCCACCGUUCGAAGGCUUUACGGACGAAACCCAUGUCUGGGGUCGGGGAACUCUCGAUAACAAGCACAACCUGAUGGCCAUUUUGGAGGCCUUGGCUCUUCGAGUUGAGCGUAAACAAGUACCCAAACGGAGCUUCUAUAUUGCAUUCGGACAUGAUGAAGAAAUCAGUGGAUUCAAUGGAGCCAAAGCCAUAGCUGAGAACUUGGCUUCGACGGGGGUUAAAUUAGAAUUCAUUCUAGACGAGGGUCUCGUCAUCCUCAAGAAAGGUGUUCCGGGAUUGGAAAACCCAAUGGCCUUGAUCGGCGUGGCCGAAAAAGGAUAUCUCACUGUGAAAGUGAAAUGUACGGACGCGGCGAAACACUCAUCGAUACCAUCCCAGGAGACAGCCAUCACAAUUCUCGCCAAAGCUCUCACUCGGUUCACCGGCAACGCCCAUCCCGCACACCUGACGGAGUUACAAGAAUCCCUAUUGAGAGAGGCAGCGCCCUACGCGAGGUUCCCUUUCAAUGUCGUGUACCUGAACUUGUGGCUCUUUAGACCUUUGCUGUGGCUGCACAUGUCGAGGGUCAAUACGCUCGCCUCACAAAUGCGGACCACAUCAGCCGUCACUGUGAUCGAAGGUGGAUCUAAGGAGAAUGUGAUACCGAACGAGGCAGAAGCUUUGGUCAAUCAUCGUAUCUUGCCGGGAUAUUCGAUCAGAGAAGUGCUCGAGUUCGACCAGAAUCUCGUGAAAGAUAUUCCCAACGUCAGCGUGGAGAUAUUCCGGGACUCGGGUACUGAACCGACGCUCGCAUCUCCACAUGACGAAAACUCAUUCGGAUUCAGUCAGAUUAAGAAAACUACUCGGCAGAUUCAUCCCACCGCGUUGGUCGCGCCGAGUCUGAUGGUGGCUAACACCGACACGAAACAUUACUUCGCAGCGAAUUUGACGGAGAGCAUAUACCGUUAUUCGGCGGUACCCAUGACUUUCGCCGACACAGCGAUGGUGCAUGGGAACAACGAGAAAAUUUCAAAGCUCGAUUUUCAACGCUUAGCUGAUUUUUACUACCAAUUGAUUAAGAAUUGCGACGAAGAUCACACGGAUGGUGCAACCACGCGUCGCGCAGAACUCUGAGCUCAUAUGACUCAAUCGAUCAAAGUGACAUGGAGAAUGUCGGAAACUUUUCCAUAUCGCACAUUUUGUGUACGUUCCUCGCUGGUCUUUCUCUUAGAUAGGAAAAAGCGAGACAAUAAAGAAAGGCAGCAU